AUGGCGACUACCGAGACGGCGAGGGAAAAAGCUUUGGUAAAUUACAGAAAGAAGCUUUUAGAACACAGGGAACUGGAUGCGCGCUUAAAAGACAGUAUGUUUUAUACAGUUUUAUUUCUUUCAAUCCGAUUGACCGAAGCAAAUGUAAAUUCAGAAAGUCAAUUGAUAUAAAAGGAUGCCAAAUUUUGCAAAACAAACGGUAUCGAAACUUAGAUAUGAGCCCAAUUUAUUUCUUUUGCCUAGAUUGUUUUUUUGUAUGACUUAAGGAGAUUUAAGGGGCAUACAUAGUUUAAAUAAUAUGUGCUUGUAUGGAUGUGGACAAACGUCAAAAUGAUGUCAAACAAAGUCUAGUCCUGAUCCUAGUAGUUUUGCUCACUUGUCAAUUUAAUCUACCGUAAAAUUCCGAAAAUAAGCCCCUCCAUGUAUAAGCCCCUCCAAAAAUAAACCCCCCAAACCGGUUACACAAAAAACCCUCCGUUAAAUCGCCCCUCAAAAUAUAAGGCCCCCAGGGGCUUGUACUUGGAAAAUCACCCUCAAAUGCAAAGUAAAACAAAGCAAAAACGGUAAAUGUACUUCCAACUAUAAGGCUAGCCCAAUCGAUUUUGAAAUGAAAAUUUCCCUCCGUAGAUAAGCCCCCGCACCCCCACCCGAAUAUAAGCCCCUCCAAAAAUAAGCCCGUGAAAAAGGGCCUUUGAAAAAUAUAAGCCCCGGGGCUUAUUUUCGGAAGUUUACAGUAGUUUCAGGCUACGUUCGCACUACGUGCUGGCAUGAGAACCAUACUGGAUAGGGCUUCUCUUCACACACACAAGAACGGCUAUUUUGGCAUGAUUUCUGUAAUGACAAGAAGCCAUGCCACGCCGCGCUGAUCUUUGAAGUGUUGAGUCAUUUGUCAGGGUCUGGAAGGGGUUUUGCAUGAUCUGUUAAUUGACCGGUAAACGGAGCAUGAAUCAGAAAACUUGUGAAAUACAGUCGUGAUUCAUGAAUUAUAUAUUCAUUGUGAUAUGUGAUCCUCUAACAUUGUAGUGUGUGAAUUGAGAGUUCUAUCGAUAAAACAGAUGUAAGUGUUUUGACGAGGGUUCAAAGUUAAACCAUGGAAAAGUGAAAAAUUGUAGAGCAUUGAUUUUAUAGCAGUAAAAUUCAUUGCCAGUCAACUUUGUAGUCAUCAAACAAAAAGCAGAGAAUCGCCAGUUUGAUCUGCACCAUACUUUUUGUUUCCUUCCUAUCACGGGAUCAUUUAAGACCAACUCUUGCCUAUAGUAGUCCAGAAACCACUAAGAAUAGUUGAUGGACUUGAUCAGUUUGUCACCUAAUCACGUGAUUUGUGAAAUGACUCCAAAAGGUAACAUGAUUUGUGAAUCUAUGGAAAUUUAACCUGUGAUUUGUGAUCACCACCCACCUCUUCCAGACCCUGGUGUAUCAGAUAAGUGUUCAUGCUGUACCAGAUAGUUUUUUGCACAGUGCGAAAAGGUAUCUGGCUUACAGGCCUCAUAGUAAUUUCUGGAGAGUCUCCAGGCAUGAUGACCGGCCAAAUUCAUUUUAGCUCGGUCAUGUAUCGUUUCUGGCCAGUCAAAUUUAUGAGAUAAACAACUCAUUUAAAACAAGGGCCAAUGAACCAAAAAUGGUGUUAUAUAAUAAUCAGGUAUGCUCAUUACAAAGUCGUUGCUUAACUAGUAAAAGCAAAAAUAUUUUUGAUUUUGUGACCAAAAGUGCAUGAACCCUGAUGUCUGUUUCAUUGUGCAAAUAAUUCGUACGUACGGUUCUAGUUUCAUUUCACCCAGGAUUUCAGAUCUAAGUUCUGCAAUACAUGUAGCGACUCGCUACACACUGAUAACAACUGAAACAACUGAACAGUGUGGAAAUUUUAAUUUAUUUAAUUUUCAAUACAAUCAAUUCGGAAUGUGACUGGUCAACAUGACCAGCAAUACGAAAGGAUGACUCCCCAGUCAGUCCGGACAUUGUCCGUUGGCCAGCUGUUAUCUCGAGCCCUGGGCUUAGUGUGAACAUAACCUUAAAGUUUUGGUACAGCUGGGUAACUGCUGCACCACCAAGCCACUUAAAAUAUUAUCCUUCAAUAAUAAUGCAGUGAGCCAGAAACAUCCUUAUUUCAACUGUGGCCCACCAAUUAUUUUACGAAAGCAUUAAAUUACGUUUACCAGUGUUUGCCACCACAUUAACAAAAUUGUUGUUGUGACGUACUGUAAGUUUACUGUAGUUGUGCAAGCAUUGUUCUUUCUUAUGAAUUUUCAUUUUUUUUAUUUUUCAUAGUGAGGGAUAAACUGAAAGAUUUAAGUAAAGAGUAUGACAAAUCUGAGAAUGACUUGAAAGCUUUACAGAGUGUUGGCCAGGUAAUUAUUCAAGAUGUGUACCGUGUGGCACAAAAUUUUUGUGGGAGUUUAUUUUUGCAGAUUGGUGAUUUUUGUGUUUUGCAAGAACUAAUUUUUGUGAUUAGGACAGAUCGGUUUUUCUUGCUGGGAAUUAAUUUUGGUGAAUUUCAGAAAGUCUGUGACCAAUCACUGAUAGUAUUCCGGGUAUACGUGCUAUGGAAAUACAUAUUUUCAAACAAUACUAUGGGCGGUGUACCCUAUUUGAAACCAGUAUUUUGUUGUAUACUGUUUUGUUUCCGAACGAAAGAGACAAGUUGCAAUUGAACAGACCCGGUUUCUUUCUCAUUUUUGUGUAGCAAAUUUAAGUUAGAGAUUAUUUACUCUGGAGUAAAUUUUUGCACCAGAACCCGCAAAAAUUUCGUUCCGCAUGGUAUUCAUUUUCAGUUCACAUGUCAUAUGGCAUUUGAAGGCUAAGAAGAUCAAAUUUUUUCUCUUACAUUAUUAAUUUUGUUUUAUUGUGUGACUGCAGCAGGGCUAGAUUAUUUGGUAGAGCACUUGACUGCAGAGUGGGAGGUGACAUGCUCGAUCCCCUGGGCAGACCAAUACUCAAGGUCUUGAAAUACAACUGAGAAAUGAAGGUCUGCCUUUGCCCUGCAAGCAGCGAAUGUGACCUUCACAUGGUUUACGUGACCAUGUAAAGUGGUGGUCAUCCUUAAUUAGUAUUUUUAUGCCAAAUCCAUUGAGACUCAAGUACAAGUUAUUUUGUCAAAGUUACAUGGUUGGUAUUUUUCUGUACAGCAAGUACUGGUCACAGGGGACGCAAUUUGAAGGAUGCACCUCUGAGUGUGCAUUAGUAAAAUAAAGCAUGGUGCAACCCUUCAAGUCAAAGUUUUUGCUCAGUUGCCAUUUGGCAACCAACUCUUUUGGUUUAGGGAGGCUUUUUUACAAAUCAAUUUGCCAGCUGCAAAAUUUAAGGCGCCAUUGUGACCAAAAUGAUCCCAACUUGGUGGGUUGCAUGGUGGCCUAGUGGUUUAUUUUAGUGUACCCUGCCCCAGAUCAAGAGGUCAAAAUGAACUCCUUUGGUAGGACUUUAGCACAAUAUCAUGUAUUUCUUAGGAUUUUGCCAAAUAGAAUUUGGAACUUUUUUCGUGAAUUUUCUCUUUGUCCACAGUCAGUAGUGAAAAAGCUAAACUAGCUACUUGGAUUCAUUAACGAAUGCUUGCUGUGUAGCCUAAGAUGUUUGUUUCUUUGAAACUUCUGUUUCACAGAUUGUUGGUGAGGUUCUACGGCAACUGACUGAGGAGAAAUGUAAGUGUUCAGUUUAAUAAUCCAUUUUAUAUGUCUCUGUAUUGUUUAUUUUCAAAAUUAAGAGUCAAGCGUUUUUUUUUUGGCUGAUAGUACAUGGUAUUGAGUAUACCUUUCUUUUUUAGUUAUCGUGAAGGCCACCAAUGGACCACGUUAUGUAGUGGGUUGUAGGAGACAGGUAUUUUCUAUAUUAAGUUCACGUACAGCUAUUUGUCUACUCUGUAACCAACAGGUUAGCACUUAAACUCUAAAAUGUUCUCUCAUUGCUGCAAACUUUUGGUCACAUACCCAACCUCAAUGUUUACUAGUUAGUUAAGGCAGUGUAGUGAGCUCAAGAUUUUGCUGCUCAUCUUCUGUUUUUCGUGUCACGCAAUCAAAAUAAUUACAACAUACAAACCAUUAAAUACAGAAAGUCCAGAAUCUGGGAAAUGAAAGAAGAUAAAUAUACAAAAAGCCUCGCCAAGAAUCAGGUCUGUGUGAUAUUUGAUAUGUAAGACAUUCGGGAAAAUGUUUUACCCAAAUUUAUAAAGCUUUGUAUGGAGAUGCCAUAUUGGUGCCCCUUUGAGGGGCGCAAAAAGUGGUGGCCAAAAACCAACAGAAACAUCUGUCUUUGAGCUUUCCAACCAAAGUGUGAAUUCAUUGCUUGAGGAACUCACAAAAAUUAAAGUAAUAUUUAUUCUGAGACAACGAAUGUUUAGAUUGCAAAAUCUAUAGAAAUCUGUAGAAAUUGGUAGCAUUUUUAACCCACAUAAAAGUUUUCCCCUUCGCAAGCUAAAUGUUGCGUGAUGCAAAAGCUUGAAAUUUCAAGCAUUCUCUAUCGCAAAACGAGACACCCUUUUGAACCGAAAAUUUGUAUAAUUAGAGGUGUUUCGCUGCUGUAAUACAUGUACCUCAUGACGUCAAGUGAAAACCGAGAAUUAUUCGCAAGAGGUAACUUAAAUGAUUCCAUCAUCCCAAUGACACUUAGGUUAUUCAAAGAAUACUGUAAACUGCCGCUUAUAAGCCUUGGUUUCCUCCUACAUUUUCAUCAGGGGUUUUUAAUACAUUUGAAAGGGGGCUAAUAUUAUUGGAUGUAUUUUUUUGUUUACGGGUAGAUGGCCCUGUGACUGGGGGGCUUUUAACCUAUUCGCACCUGAGCUGCCCUUAACUGCCUGUGAGGAUCCACGUCCCCUUUUAUCGCUUGUGACAUCAUCAGUUUUAAUGGUCAAGGACAACUUUGUCCACUAACCUGUGCAGAGUGAAGAGAUCUUUCAAACCAUACAUACCAGAAUGAGCACAAUUCAGUCAAGGACUCCGUGGAAAAAGGCAAAAAACCAUGUUACAUUGAUCUGAAAGUUCCCAUGAAAAUCUUGUUCCACUACCUACCUACCUUUGCUUUCAUCUAAUCCUAAGAUCCUAAAAGCUUUCCUAAAACUUUUUCUGACAAAAUGAAACCCACUAAAUGCCCAGCAAAGGAAAAAAAAUGAGGCAAGAAAAUAAAGAGGGGAGGAGAGAAAGCAAAAAGUAAAAGUCAAGACUCUUGUGUCACUUUUAAAACCCAAAAACUAUCUUGAAAUUUUGCUCUCUGCGCAUACCCGAACUUCGCAAGCUAAUAUUUUGCAUCUGCAUCAGAAGGCCGCAAAGUGUGUGAACUGUACAUGUAAAGGGCUUUGUGGUAAGUUUAAGGUCUUUAUAGCAUGACAGUGAUCAGAAAACUGUUCGACUAGCUUUAAAAUGUGUUUUCAGCAAAAUUUCCAUUGACAAAUGGGUUAAGUGGCAGGUUUACAGUAUGCCAUAUGCAUUUUGUUGUUCCUAUCAGGUUGACAAAAAGAAGCUCAAACAAGGAACUCGUGUGGCCCUUGAUAUGACAACACUAACUAUUAUGAGGUAAUGCAGUUGUUUUCUUGUCUAAAAAAUGCCAAAUUUCCUCAAGUAAGUAAUGACCAAAGACAAAUUACAUCACAGUUUUCUUUUAAGAAAAAAAUAGUUAUUUGUUUGACUUGGUUAUUUUGAACUACCGGUAAACAUCAUUCUGUCUUUGUCAUUUUCUCAAGGUAUCUUCCUCGAGAAGUUGACCCUCUUGUAUACAACAUGUCACAUGAAGAUCCUGGAAAUAUUUCGUACUCUGAAGUCGGAGGACUCAGCGAACAGAUCAGGGAGCUUCGAGAGGUAACUUUUUAGCUAAAGAGCCUUACAGCAAGAUAUGAUCAUGUGCUUUAUUUUUACUAUUUUUUUUCCGUUUUGAGUUUUUUUUCCCCUCUAAUUUCAAAAAUGUAUACCUGUACCAGGACUUGAAAAAAUGUUGAUCUGAUCGCUCAGGACAACUUUAUUUCGUAAAUUUCCCGACGGGCAGGGACCCAGACAAGUUAUCUUGUAACUAAAUCAUUUGCUAUGACAAGCAAGCAAUGGCAGUGGGCAAGCAAAAUGGCAUCAUAAUACGUUUCUGAGAAACUGUCCACCCACCCCUCCCCCAACAUUUUGCUUUAAGUGAGAAGUAAGUGUUAAUGUUGGCUUAGGGGAGGGGUAUGUAGGCAGUUUCCCAGAAAUGUAUAAUGCUCUGCAAAAUGUGAGAGCUGCUUGCCCAAAGGACAAGCUGGAAUUCAUUACUUUUUUUAUUUUUCAAUGUCAGGUACAUUCCAUGAUUUUCAUGCUAGAACUUGAGUCUGGCAACUUGCUUUUAAGAAAGAAAAAUUUGCAAGAACAGUGAAAAAAAAAUGGUGUGGAUGUAUCGUAAUGGCCUAUAGCCACAGAGGGUUAUUAAAGAAGCUCUUAAGUAACACCAUCUGUGUAAUAUUUUUGCAGGUGAUAGAACUUCCCUUGACCAAUCCUGAACUGUUCCAGAGAGUGGGAAUAUCUCCUCCAAAAGGUUGCCUCCUGUUUGGGCCUCCAGGUGAUUACAAGCUUCCACGUUUUUGAUUAGCUCUUUCUUUUUGGCCCUUCAUUUUACAUUUGUGUACGUGCUUUGAUAAAGGGGUUUUAAUAUAUUAUAACCCAGGGACUACAUACUGGAACAGGCAGGCGGGGUGGGGGGGAGGGGUAAAGUUCUUUGAGAUGCCCUGUAUUUCUUUAAGCCAUGUGGGGAUGGAUGUGGUUAGCCUGUGAAAAGGCUCCCAUGUGGGGCAGAAAAGAAAAUCGGCAAGUGAAGUGAUUGGAGCAUGGCUUGGGGGAGAGAAAAAGGCAGGGAAGCCUGCAGACUUUGUUUUGAGACCGGCCAUCCACCCACUUGCAAUUUUCCUGUAACAUAUAUGUCAAUAACAUGUCAAUAAGAUAAUUAAACCUGUCAAAUUAUAAUGUUUUUUAUGCUUGAAUGCAUCAGCUUCAAUAACAUUCUUGCACACAUGGGUAUUUUUCAUGGAGUGAGGAAUAUAUUCAUUCAAUAUUCAUUUGCUGGCUUGUCUACAGUCAGUGAUCUGACCUAACAGAUUGUGAUACCAGAAUCUGGUAUCAUAUUCAUGAGUGACAUCAAAACAAAGUCUACAGGCUCCCCUGCGUCUUUUUUGCCCCACUCCACUUGGGAGCCUGUUUGUAGGUUAGGAUGUGGUAUGAGUGAAGUCCAGAGGUGGAGUGUAAGUUUUUUUUAUUUACUACAGAGGGAGGUGAGGGAAUGUUUUGCAGACAUAUGAAGGGAUUUUUCCAAUCCUUCUCCUGGGUCAUAAUAAAUUAAAGAAAGUCUCUAAGCUCUUAAGACUGACAAGUUAGACUUAUCAAUUUAUUGGCUAAUUUUUUUUGCCUUUCUUCCUCAGGAACUGGGAAGACAUUACUUGCAAGGGCUGUUGCGAGCCAGUUAGAUGCAAACUUUCUAAAGGUAAUUUUUCUGAGUAAUUCUAACGUCAAGGCAGAAUAUAUUUUCAGUACAGAGGAGCCUCAUUGCCCCAGUCUUAUUUAUACAUGUCCAUCUGAUGUAGGUCUUUGGAUUAGAAACGUCUGUUUCCUUCCACUGGCAUUGAGAAAUAGCAGGGAAAAACUAAGUCUGUGUUCCUCUGUUGGCUCAUUCAACGUAUUGCUAUUCAUGAUCUUUCUUUUCACUUUGAGCUUAAAAAUUCUUCAUCCUGUUUCUUUUUUAGUUUCCUUGAUUAUUUUCAACAACAGAUAGCUCAGUAGUACUUGGCUGCAGUGUUUUUGUUUCAAGAGGAAGCCCAUCAUUCACCUUGUGGUCUUUAGAAAAAUAUAUACAUGUGCAAUCAGACUUGAAGGAGAAUGUUAAUUUUCUUUUUGUUUUUCAACUGUAGGUGGUUUCCAGUGCAAUUGUAGACAAAUAUAUUGGUGAAAGUGCAAGGCUUAUAAGAGAGAUGUUUGGUAAAUGUUACUUAAUAAUAAUAAAUGAAAAUAAAUACUUAACUUUCCACUUUAGUGACCAGAUUUCUCUUUGAUUUAGAUUUAAAUUAAAAGAGUAAAGUUAAAACAAUCAUUUCAUCUUAUCUUGCUUUACUUUCAAAUGUGCCAAAUCGCAUAAACAAAGCCAGUUUACCUCCAAAUUUAUACUGACUUCUGUCUGUGAUGUUUUCAAACAAUCAAAUCUGAUGGGUCGCGCCAUACUAUGAGCUGCAUCAUUUACUUUAUACAAACUGGCGACUAAAUGUUUGCAUCUGGCAACUAUAUUUCUCCAGUUGGUCGCCAAAAGGCGACCUGAGGAUUUUUUAAUUUCAAGCCCUGUAUUGGAAGAGCCAAACAUGAAAGGUCAAGAGAUCUUUUAUGCUUAUUAGCUGUCAUUAAAAUCUCAAAAUUUACAAUAAGAUUUCAUUCACAGACUUAAAAGUUAGAACCAUCUUGAAAAGCAAGAUAACAGUACCUUAGAAAAAGUGACACAGACAGUUAUGCUUUGUAUAAGACUAAUAACAAUGGGUCGGUUUUAACUGUUUUGUUUCACAGGUUAUGCGAGAGAUCAUGAGCCAUGCAUUAUUUUUAUGGAUGAAAUUGAUGCCAUUGGUAUGUGUCAUUAAUUUAUCAAUCACUUCACUUGCUUUGCAAGAGAAUGUAUCUUUCAAAGCUAGAGGAUUUCACUACCACUUUACCAGUCUUGCACCUUAACAACUUUGUAGCCUGUGUGGCAGGCGCAAAAAGGGGAGGGGGGAGGGUGGAGGGGGAGGGAGAAAAGUGCGAAAGCUCUCUCUUCCCAACCCCUCUCCCUUUUUCCCUGCUAUGCAGGCUAACAACUUUGGUGAUUUCUUGGUGUUGCAGAUGGGUGUGAUCAAUAAAUUAUGUAUUACAAAAUAUUGAAGUCUCCGAGCAAUACCUUAACCAGUAAACAAUACAUGACCAACCUUGGUUUCUGCAACACUAAACACCCACAACUUUGCUGACUGGGUAGCAUCUCUUGAAGAUAGAAGAAAAGAAACUGGUUUCUCAUUGUGGUUUCUCAUCAACACAUCAAAAGCUUCUCAGCAGCUAAAGGGAAUGUGCUGAAAAGAGUGUUAUGCAGACAUCAUAGUUAUAUUCAAUAACCAUUUCAUUGACAUAGUGUUUAGCUUGUAGCCAUAUGCCCAUCUAUCAACCAAUAACUUUAUUAACGUGUUGGAAAACUUCUAGCACACCACAAGUGGCGCACUAAUGGUGGACACUUAAACAUUUUAGACAAUUAAUAUAAAAAAUAUAAUAUAAUAUCUUGGUAUUGGACAAUUUUACAUUUCCGCAGUAAAAAUAGAGCAUUUGUAAACAAUUUUUUACCUCAUUAUUGUUUUCUUGUAGGUGGGCGUCGUUUCUCUGAGGGUACUUCUGCUGACAGAGAAAUACAACGAACACUUAUGGAGGUUGGUAUUUCACAAGAAUUGGACCUCAAAUAAAUAAUUUGAUUAUAAACCACUAGUGUUUAAACUUAGAACUCUAGUAGCAGGAGAAAGGCUUAACGUUACAAGAGAAUAUUUUGAAAAAGUCUCCGCGUCUGAAUAAAAAAUGGUCGUAGGGGGUCGGGGGGGGGGAAUUGCAGUGUUUGGCGAAGAAAAGGAAGUCAGUUUUGUUUUGAAAUAUUGGGAAGUUCGAAAAAUCGGGGGUAAGAUUGCAUUGUGGCAGACAAAUGGCAUUCAUUGUGUGAGAAAAUAGAGGUUUCUUGGGAUUACUAUUAGGUAACCUUAGGAAUUAUGUGUAGUGUUAAACUUGAUCAGCAGAGAGACGAUCUUAUCAACUUAUGGAGUUUGAAUAGUGCAUUAAGAAUACUCAACCUUUGCUAGGAGUCUGUCUAAAAACAACUGUUUCUUUUUUUAGCUUCUGAACCAAAUGGAUGGCUUUGAUGCCUUAGGACAGGUAAAGGACGUUCUCCAUUUUUUUGUAGUCUGUCUAGUUCCAGUAACUUAGACAUACGAAAGCGGAUACCUUGAGGUGAAAAUAUCACGAACAGAAAGCGGAGUGCAAAAAAAGGGGUCGUCACUUGGUUUCUUCUUUUCCUGUCCCCUUUGCGGUGCCUGUUACACAGACUAGAAAAAUUCUGGAUAAUAUGAUAAUAAAUAAAUACCGUAAAAUUCCGAAAAUAGGCCCCGGGGCUUAUAUUUUUCAAAGGCCCCUUUUGAGGGGCUUAUUUUUGGAGGGGCUUAUAUUCGGAGGGGCUUAUCUACGGAGGGAAAUUUGCGUUUCAAUAUCGAUUGGGCUAGCCUUAUAGUUGGAAGGAAAUGUACCGUUUUUGCUUGUUUUACUUUGUGUUUGAGGGCGAUUUCCAAGUACAAGCCCCCGGGGGCUUAUAUUUGGAGGGGCGAUUUAACGGAGGGUUUUUUGUGUUAUGAGUUUGGGGGGCUUAUAUUUGGAGGGGCUUAUACAUGGAGGGGCCUAUUUUCGGAAUUUUACGGUAUUUUUUUAUGUUAGCAUUUCGACGCAGUGACUCUAUUCAACGAUUUAUUUAUUUCUUUAACUUCUUCGUAUUCGUCGUGGUUCGAAAAGCCAGCUCAUCACUGAUGUUAUAUAGGAUAGAGUUACGCCAUAGGCUCUUGUUAAAAUCUCCACCCUUUCCCUCUCCUCCCAGGUUAAAAUAAUCAUGGCCACAAACCGUCCCGACACUCUCGACCCAGCCCUUCUCAGGCCAGGUCGUCUGGAUCGUAAGAUAGGUAAGUGCACCUUGGUUGAAGUGACGUUGCAUGAAAUAAUUUGAAUCGGGCUGCUGCUAUCUAGUCUCCCUCACAGCCGUUUCUGUCUCGUCACGCAACGCUCCUUGUUGGGGAGGAGCGUUACGUUACAAAAACAGCUGCCAGGGAGAGUAGCUACAACGGGACUUCUGGAAACUAGUGUGUUUAAACGGCUCUCAAUCGAGAAUAUACUCAUCGAAAAUGUCUGGAAUUUGAAACACUGUAAGACUAUAAUAAUUGGCUUCACGCUCCUUUUCCGGGAAGUUCGGACUUGAGAGCAGCGAAUUUUCUUGAAGGCCUUCCAGUUCGUAUCUUAUUUGAGCCACUAGGGGUCGGUUAUUGAAACAAAGCUUUGACCGAAGUCAAGACAAUCUGUGGACCUGCAGAUCUGGUUCUGAAUGGGUUUACUUUAUAUCUCUGUUUAUAUUUUCUGGUCUACAUCAAAUGCCUUCUUGUCACCGUCAACAGUAUAAGAACGUGGUUUUCUAAAACCAGGUAAACUCUCUUUAAAAAACUCUCUGGUACUCAUACCCUGAGUACCAGGAGCUUUUUCAUUGCGUGCGGCGGAUUACUUCGGAUUCGGCCUCAUAUCCUCAGCCGAGGGCCGAGGCCACCAGUGGAAAGGCCGGGAGGAAAAAACCUGCUUUUCGCGCGGAUCAUUACAAAGACUUGACUGAGACAAAAAGAGGAAACCGCGCAUGAAAAGUCUCUGGAUUUUCAGCGUUGUUAUUUCCCACUUGUUUAUAUUGCUUGUCUUACAGUCAAGCCAUAGGUCAGGCGUACCCCCCUAAGAUGCCAUUAAGGAAUUUAUUAUUCCAAAGUUGAAUCUGUUGGCACUUGUAGCUCAGAUUCAUCUCUGCAUUCUAGCAUGCGUAAUGAGCUGUGAAUUCACACGCGAGGCAGUUAGGAAAUUUCUACCAGCCCAGUUUCCCUUAGUCUGCUACACAGCCGUUUUUAGUGUCGUCACGCAACGCUCCUCCCCACUGAGGAACGUUGCGUGACGACACUAAAAACGGCUGUGUAGCAGACUAAGUUUCCCUGAAUUUGAUGUAAAUUGUAAAUUGUAAAUUGUAAAUUUCAUCCAUUCAAAAUGUCCAAAAAAUGUCCAGAGAAGUUCUCGUAACAUAUUCACUGCUCAUUACGCAUGCAGAAUGCCGAAUUGAAUUUACGGGAAGUUACGGGAACAACUGGUCUGCUACACUGCCGUUGUUAGUGUCGUCACGCAACGCUCCUCCCCACUAGCGGGGAGGAGCGUUGCGUGACGACACUAAAAACGGCUGUGUAGCAGACUAGGGAACGACUAACGGAUUCAUUUUUCAAAUAAUCAGUUCAUUUAAUCUUGGAGGGUAUGCUUGACCUGCCUUGACUGUCAAAGAUAAUUACAGCUGUGUUGAAUAUAUUCUCGGUUCUUAUCUCAAUUCGUUCAAUUUCUCUCCAAUUAAUCAUCACAAGUGGGUUUUUUAACAGGAUACACGAUUUUUUAUUAUGCCAUUUUUUAUGCCGUUUCUUCAUCACAAUUGAUGGCAUUUAUUUCUUUUUUUCCAGAAAUACCACUUCCUAACGAGCAGGCUCGCAUGGAUAUUCUUAAGAUCCACUCAGCCAAGAUCACAAAACACGGUGAUAUCGGUAGGUGGGGUAUCUGUCUUUUAUCAAAGGUCGCCUGAUCCUUUAGUCCUCUUAAAUUUACACAUCUUUCCCGUGGGUUUUAUGGUAAAAGGUUUCUUUAUUAUCACUUUGUCGGGCACUGUGGGGCAUUUUGCGGGCUAAAGGCUGGUUUUCACUAGCGACGGAGUAGGAGUCGGAGUCGUAAGCAGAGUCGCAAGAUAAGAGCGCUUAUGACCUAGUGAAAAUCAAAAAUCGGAGUCGUAAGCGGAGUCAUAAGCCCGACGGGAGAAGUCAGGGGAAUAAGAACGUUUCCAUUUCUCUUGACUCCGCUUACGACUCCGUCUCUUACGUUCCGCUCAUGCUGUAGUGAAAACCAGAUUGUGUGAGUCGGAAGCAGAAGCGGAAGGAUAAACUAAUCAUAGUGCACGUUCCCACGCUUUGGGAUUGGUUUAGUUCUUCUGCUUCUGCUUCUGCUUCCGACUCUGACAAUCUGGUUUUCACUAGAUCAUAAGCGGAAGGUAAGCGAUGGAGUCGUAAGCGGAAUCGGAACGCUGUUUUACUAGAUCAUAGGCUCUACCCUUCUGAUUACGACUCCGACACCGACUCCGUCCCCAGUGAAUACCAUAAGAUGCUAAAAUAUAUUUUAGCCUGCUGAAAUAAACCAAUGAAAAGAGAGGAUCAAACAGUCAUACGAUGUGAGCAGCCAAUCAAAAACGGGAAGCCAUUGCAGUUUGCACGCCGCCCUCUGUCGCCUUUUCUUGAUUCGUUUGUCAAAGAAAUCACGCUGCUAUUUUCAAAGCUCAAAUCAUGGCUGAAAACGCAACGAAAGCGAGAGGAAGAAGAUCUACAAAAGUUAGAGAAACUUCUAAAGUAAAUGACGCCUGAAGUAGCUCCAUAGUCGGCGACGAAGUGCAUAUUGGGCCCACAAUGUAAACUACUGGGUUUACCAGUAAUUGUGACAGCCAUUAAAUUUUUGCUUAUUUAUUAAUUCAUUGUUUACGUUUUAGUGAUAAAGAAGAUUAAAAGUAGUGCUUUAGCGAGCGAAACACAUGAUCGCAUAAAUACUAAGAAAAUCGAAAGAAAAGGUGACAGCCUAAGGAAACAUUUACGAAGGAAUUUUCACGCUGCUUUUCCCAAUGCUUAGGUUUUCUGAACUGUCUCACCUCCCAGUUUUCUGUAAUUAUUUUCGAGUUUUGCAAAGGCGUUAUUUUUUCUCUCUCACUCUUGCAGACUAUGAGGCUGUGGUUAAACUCUCCGACGGAUUCAACGGCGCUGACUUGAGAAAUGUUUGUACUGAAGCAGGUUUGUGUGGAAUCAUUCCAUUGCACUAAAAUUCUCCCCAACGUCGAUCGUUUCGUCUAAGACCGUGUUGCAUCUCAAGAAAUAGGGACUUUAAGAUCCAAGGACGCGAUGGCAGAGAAUACGUCGCUGAAAAAGUGAAUUUGCGUUCUUUCAGGCGUCGUCUGAUUUUGUUUUAUCACUGGUACGAUUACAGACGCACUGUAGUGCACUCAGUAUUACUACCAUUAAUGAAUGUGAAUAUAUUUGAUGUUCAUUAAAAAGAAAAGUCAAGAGUAAUAAGCGUGGGAAGACGGCGACUCUGCAGCCGUAUUGCUACUCUUAAGGUAACCUGCAGCAACCUUUAUUUGUGGGAAGACGGGUUUGGACGUGGGUGAUAAAACCCGCAACAUCGUUUUUCAACACGUACUGCAGCAAUGUGCAAAACGAGCCGCACGUAUUUAUUGCCCGUUUUACCGUAGCUUUACACAGAUUUAGCAAAAAAAACAGUUAAGAACACCAAUUUGACCAAUCACAGAGCGGCAAUUUGAGCACCAGAAGUGGGGACAGUCGCGUUCAACCCUUUUCGCGCGCUUUCGCGUUCUCAGUUGACGUUUUGUCGCCUUUGCUACAUCUGCCUAUUAUUUCAAGUGUAAGAGCAUUAACUACCUCCCUUCCCCCCUAUUGUGCGGAAACUCCUGAGUUUGACCAUUUAUGGUUUUCUCCCUUUUUUCAGGAAUGUUUGCCAUUCGGGCAGAGAGAGACUACGUAAUUGAGGAGGAUUUCAUGAAAGCGGCACGCAAAGUCUCCGACAACAAGAAGCUCGAGUCCAAACUAGAUUACAAACCAGUUUAAUCAUAUCAAGCGCCGAGAUUUCUGCAGUUCUGUUUUUUUCGUGUUAAACACCAUUUUUCCUUCAAUAAAUAA